GAGGGAUGCAUGUGAACAACAGAGAUGAGACGCUGAAGGCUUUGAGUGAGCACUGCUGAGGACACUGUAACUAAAAACUCAGCCAUGGCCAGCUUCCUAUACUACGGAGAACAUCACAACUGCACCAAUGUGGACCAACUGAUGAAACGCUAUUACCUGCCCGUCUCCUAUGGCGUCAUCUUCAUCGUGGGCCUGGUGGGCAACGUCACCUCCAUUGGCAUUUAUCUGACAAAGCUGCGACCCUGGAAGAGCAGCAGCAUCAUCAUGGUCAACCUGGCGCUGACCGACCUCCUCUAUGUCCUCAGCAUGCCCUUCUUGGUGUACUACUACAGUAACGGGGACUCGUGGACACUCGGCGACUUCAUGUGCCGCUUUGUGCGCUUCGGGUUUCACUUUAACCUGUAUGGGAGCAUCCUCUUCCUGACGUGUCUCGCAGUUUUCCGCUACGUGGUCGUGAUCAAGCCUUUGAGGGCUGCACAGGUGCAGCAAAAGUUUUGGGGUAUAAUUGCGUGCUCGGCCGUCUGGAUCAUCGCCGCUGCUGAGAUCACGCCCAUGUUGACGAUGAUAUCUUUGGAAGUGCGCGACAAUAAGACCUACUGCUUAGACUUUGCUAGCACCAUACCCGUCGACGACGUGCGGUGGUACGGCUGGCUGCUUACUGCUCUGGGAUAUCUCCUCCCUCUAGUGGUGGUGUCCAUGUGUUACAUCGGUGUAGUGAAACAGUUGGUGAAAGGGCCCUCCAUAUCCAGUCCGUGUCGGAUGCGAGCGCGCCACGUGACCGUGCUAAUCCUGGUGGUGUUUGUGGUGUGUUUUCUGCCAUAUCACAUCUUGCGUGUGUUGCGGAUAGAGACUCGAAGGACGCCAGAGACGCCAUGCAUGGUGGAGCGCAUCGUGCAUGCAGCAUAUAUUAUCUCCAGGCCUCUGGCCGGUCUCAAUACGUUUUUCAACCUGGCUCUGUACACUCUGUCAGGUGAUAGGUUCAGGAGGGCCUUCCUCAGUACAUUUUGUUUGGAAAACUUUAACUUCAACUGGCUUUCCAAGGCCAGGUCGUUGGUCCACCUGGCUGUUAUCAGCAAGGCAGGUAGUGACAUGCCGGCUGCAUGACUGAAGACUGUCCAAAACCUCUUUCCCUUUUUUUAAUCUCUCUUGGAUUGACUCUGUGGACACUCUAUAAACUUAUUCAGACACGGUGCCGGGAAAGCUGCAUAACAGCUGUAGUUACUGCAUUGUCAGCCGCCCACAGAUGAUAAAUAGUUUUAUGUGCCAACACCUGAAAUGUAAA